CUUGGCAUCCAAUAUGGCUGGAGCCGCUAUGUACGAGUUGGUGAGGGUUGGACACAGCGAGCUGGUCGGUGAGAUUAUCCGACUCGAGGGAGACAUGGCGACAGUCCAAGUCUACGAGGAGACCUCUGGUGUGUCUGUCGGGGAUCCAGUCCUGCGGACCGAGAAACCCCUGUCGGUGGAACUGGGGCCAGGAAUCAUGGGAUCCAUUUUCGACGGGAUCCAAAGGCCCCUUUAUGACAUCCGGCAGUUGACCGAGAGCAUCUACAUCCCGAGGGGAGUCAAUGUCGCCCCACUGCCCAGCCACAUCAAGUGGGAAUUCACCCCAGAGCCUCACAUCAAGGUAAGGAGCGUGGGGUUGAG